UAAAAGUAUUGAGUUCUUCAAUUUGUAAGCCAUCUUCUUCAAUUGAAUAUUUUGGGUGGUGGGUUCAGUUCCAUUUCCAUGGCGGAUUCAUCCACACUCAUCGAUGGUAACAUCAUGGUUGCUAAAGCCUUGGCACGCGCUGGCAUUGAUAGAAUGUUCGGCGUCGUAGGAAUUCCAGUAACAUCUCUAGCCAAUCGUGCCGUCGCCUUGGGAAUCCGCUUCAUCGCCUUCCACAAUGAGCAAUCCGCCGGAUACGCUGCCUCCGCAUAUGGCUACUUGACUGGAAAACCAGGAGUUCUUCUCACAGUAUCCGGCCCCGGCUGCGUCCACGGCCUCGCUGGUCUCUCUAAUGCUGCCAUCAAUUGCUGGCCGAUGGUCAUGAUUUCCGGAUCUUGCGAUCAGAAGGAUUAUGGCCGGGGAGACUUCCAGGAGCUUGAUCAGAUUGCUGCGGCAAAACCCUUCUCGAAAUUCUCCGUGAAAGCGACGGAUAUUCGUGAAAUCCCUAAUUGUGUCUUCCAGGUCGUUGAUCAGGCGGUGUCCGGUCGUCCAGGAGGAUGUUAUUUGGAUCUUCCGACUGACGUUCUUCAUCAAACUGUAACUGAAUCGGAGGCCGAGAAAUUGCUAUCUGAUGCAGAGAAUUCCAGAAAACGAGGAGAAAUUAAGUCAGUCGGAGGUUCUGAGAUUGCGAAAGCUGUUUCUCUCCUUCGGUCUGCUGAGAGGCCUCUGAUUGUAUUUGGUAAGGGAGCUGCUUACUCUAGAGCUGAAAAUGAAUUGAAAAACUUGGUUGAGUCUGCAGGAAUUCCUUUCCUGCCCACCCCAAUGGGGAAAGGUUUAUUACCCGAUCAGCACGAGCUGGCUGCAACUGCAGCCAGGUCUCUUGCGAUUGGAAAAUGUGAUGUGGCUCUUAUAGUUGGUGCUCGGCUGAAUUGGCUGCUGCACUUUGGGGAAUCACCCAAAUGGUCUAAUGAUGUUAAAUUCAUAUUGGUUGAUGUAAGUAAGGAAGAGAUAGAACUUAGGAAGCCUUAUCUAGGAUUGAUCGGAGAUGCAAAAGAAGUUUUGUCAUCGAUCAACAAGGAAAUUAAGAACAACCCGUUCUGUUUGGGGAAGAGCCAUCCUUGGGUGGAGGCCAUAGCAAAGAAGGCGAAGGAGAAUGUGUUGAAAAUGGAGGCACAAUUGGCAAAGGAUGUGGUUCCAUUUAAUUUCUUGACACCAAUGAGGAUUAUUCGGGAUGCAAUUCUUGGAAUUGGCAGUCCUGCUCCAAUAUUGGUGUCUGAAGGAGCAAACACCAUGGAUGUGGGUAGAGGAGUUUUGAUUCAGACAGAGCCAAGGACUAGGUUAGAUGCAGGUACUUGGGGUACAAUGGGAGUUGGUUUGGGUUAUUGCAUUGCUGCAGCCGUGGCUUCACCUGAUAGGCUUGUUGUGGCUGUUGAAGGUGAUUCUGGAUUUGGUUUUAGUGCAAUGGAAGUUGAGACUUUGGUUCGAUAUCAGCUACCAGUAGUGGUGAUAGUGUUCAACAAUGGGGGUGUUUAUGGUGGGGAUAGGAGGAACCCUGAAGAAAUCUCGGGGCCUUUCAAGGACGAUCCAGCACCUACAUCUUUUGUCCCUGGAGCUGCAUAUCAUGUCCUAAGCCAGGCCUUUGGAGGGAAAGGGUACCUUGUGGGAACACCCGACGAGCUCAAGUCUGCACUCGAUAUAUCCUUUUCUGAGAAGAAGCCAGCCGUUAUAAACGUUACAAUUGACCCCUAUGCUGGUGCUGAAAGUGGGAGGAUGCAGCACAAGAAUUGAUGAGCUUCGAUUGCUUUCGCUUUGGCAAUCAACAUCUGUUUUUUUCUUCUUCUUGGUUAUUCUAUUGAGUAAGUAGAACAACUACCAAUAAUAAUAAGAAUUGUGUACUUAUACAUUAUUGGACUUGUUUAUUCAAUUAGGAUAUUUUUUUUUAAACAUAACAUUGUCCAUCCCUUUUUUGGGGUUAGUUUCCAUGA